AUGGCCUUCGAUUCCAUAGAGGAGAUCCCAUCCUAUGACUUGUUGGAGGAUGCAGAUGCCUUGGAUUGGCUUUGGCUUCACUCCAAGCCCUGGAAGAUCUUCAGUUUUUCGCCCGUCCAGGCCGAACGACGACACAGUUUCUCCGUCUUCGAGAACCUGGCAGCCAAGAGGGAGUGCCAUGAAGCUCUCUUCGGUCAAGGACGCUUGUUGCUUUUGGAUGGCAAGUCGGAGGAGGCCUUGGCCUUGUUGGAAGAGGCCAACAAAAGUUCUUGCGACGCGGGGUACUUGAGUUGGUUCGCCUGGGCCUUGUUGUUGGUCUCGAAGGAUCAGAGCUUCUACCGGCGCUUCUCAACACAGCAGCGAUCCAACAGCUGCUGCAAGGACGCACUGGUUCUACAUCCCGGCUUCUCCUUGGCUCUACGCUGCCUGGCACACCUGGAACCCGAAAGCAUCCCCAACUCGGUGGGUUUGGAUCCUGUGGCGCACUUGGUGGCCUGUGGCAGGCAGGCGCUGGACGCCUCCACGGCGCAGCAGCGGCGUCAAGGCGCCAGCGCGCUGCGGAGCUUCCUCGCCGAGGUCCAGAGCCCUGAAGACCUUCCCAACGUUUGUCUCUUGCUGGGCACCUUGGGCGCGACUGCCAGCAGCUCUGGAUGUCCAGCGGCGACAUCCAGUGGCUGGGUCUCGGCCAAGCUGAUGGCCUUGGAUUCUCUUUGGCGCUAUUGGACCAAGAGCAAGCGGCCCAACCGCGCAGCGGAGGCAGCCUUGGUGGCCGUAGGCGCUUUGCGCUCAGAACGUCAGGCUUGGCAGCGGGCAGUGGUCUUGGCAUUGAAGGCGCGCGGAAGGGGACAGGCGACCGGGAAGACUGGCGACCGGGAAGACAUGCCAUUUUUGCCUUUUUUCCAGACUCAGAAAGCAGAAACCGAAGAGAGAUUUUGUUUGCAUGGAUACUUAGAUACUACAGCUGCGAAAAGAUGGGUGAAAAAAGCUUGUUAA